AUGCAGGACUAUCGUGAGUUCAGGAAACGAUGUGAGAUUUACAGGAAGAAGAUGCAAAUUGGCAAUCGGCAGUCAGAAGUUGUUUACAACCUGGUUACAUUGAUGAGUGGAAAAUCAUGGGAUCUUGUUGAAGACAUGACAAUGGACCAGAUGGCUGCCGACAAUGCCUAUGACCUCUUGUUCGAACGACUCGAUCGAGGAUUCAAAUAUGAUCCUUUGACAGAGUUGCCCGACGACUUUGAGCAGUAUUUCGUUCGACUGCAGAGGAAACCCCAUCAGACCUUGCAGGACUACAUGAAUGACUACACCCGCUGUGAACGACGGCUUCAAAUGACGCAUUCAGUCAACCUUCCUGAAAAGGUCAGGGCAUGGUGGUUUUUGAGGAGGUCAGGGAUUACAAAGGAGCAACGUCAGCUGAUAUUGACCAAUACUGGUACAGGUGGAUUGACAAUUGAGGAGGUGAUGAAGUCCAUGAGCUUUAUCCUUGGGCAGGACUCGACAUUGCAAUCCACAUCAUCAUCCAGAUGGUCACGGCCGCCAGGAAAACCAGUCGACACCUACUACUGUGAUGAAGACCAGACAUACGACUGGGCAGCUGGAUCCGAUGAAGUGGUGAUGGAUCCCUCCCCAGCGUAUUAUGGUGAGGAUUAUGACUGGGAUGAUUGGCAAGACGGCGCAACAGAGUGUGCAGAAGACAUUGCUUUUGUUGAUCAUUGUGAACAGGUGUACGAUGUUGAUGAGUUUGAUGAUGUGUUUGCAAACUAUCAAGAUGCAAAAGCAAAGAUGAACGCACUUCGCAAUUCCCGUGGAUUCUAUCCUGUUGUUGCUAUGUUGCCGCCUCACGUGUCAGGACAAUCUCAAGGAGGACAACCUCGUGGCAAGAGCAGUGGCAAAUCCAAGUCGAAGAGCAAAGGCCGAUCCAGUUCAAAGGGCGGCAAAGCAGGACCAAAAGCAAGAGCAGCAGCGGCUAUGGGAGGAGGAGCUGGACGACAACUCUGUCUUCGCUGUGGAAACGCCGGUCAUUGGGCUCGCAAUUGCCCAAUGCCACCCGGUGACAAGAAGCGCAAGAUUGGAGAAGAAGCUGAAGGUUCCAUAAACAUGGUCGAAGAAGUGAAUGCUGCCGCAGAGGCCUUUCACAUUGAUGCAGAUGAGAAUGACUUUGUUGGAGAUGAUACAGCAGUGCAGGACGGAGGUGCAGCAUCAGUUCUCGGAAGCGCAUGGCAGAUCAGAAAGUAUCUCCGUUUCUUGUUGGAAGAAGGCUUCAACAUUCACGACAUUCCAAUGUUUCAGUGCGAGAAGGGAUUCAAAUACGGCAACAGCAUGAAGGAGACAACAAACAAGUGCAUUGUGUUGCCCAUUUUUCUGGGUGGCAAACGCAUUGAUGUGUUGACAUAUGUGAUCAAGGUGGACUAUCAAAAGAAGAUGAUGAAAUGGCCCGAAAGCAAUUGGGAGGACCUGCCAGUGGGAUCCCGUGGUGAGCACUUGCUUCACUUGGGCAAAGACAUUCGUCAGUGCCUUGCAGAUGAACCGCAUCAAGUGCUGCUCCCAGAGGACACCGAAUCUCAUGUCGGAGAACAUAUCGAUGGAGGCAUUCAGCAGUUGUUGGAUGAGGUGAUGGUUGCAGAAGACACGUUGGACGUGUCUCAGCCUCGGCAGUCAGUCUUGCCGGCUACCACGCGUCAGUCAGACGGAAAAGAUGAGCAGGAGAUCGGAGCGGUCAAAAGACUUCAUGGUCAUGUCCUACGAAAGCUGCAGCGACAAGCAGAGGAGGCAUGCAGAGUGGAGGACAAGAUGCUUCAACAGGGGCAAUCCAUUGACAAUGCAAGCAAUGCACCAGGCGGCAAAAGUCGAAGCUCUAUGGCUGAAGACUAUCCAGAACGACUGGCAAAGAAGUUGGCACAACUGAUGCAAGCAGAUCCCGAUGAAACCCCAGUCCUUGCAGCAGAAGAUGAAGAUGUCGACAUGCCAGAAGUUGGCAAAGCAGCAAUGAACUAUGUGGUCAGAUUGCAUCGCAACUUGGGCCAUCCAGGAUCCAAUGUUCUUUGCAAGAUGCUUGAAGAGGUUCAGGCCACCGAGAAUGUCAUGACAGAGUACGAGCUUGAAGAUCUGAUGAAUGAUGAGAAUGAAGAAUAUGAACCCACCGAACCACCAUCAGAUCAAGAAGCACGAGAUGAUACAAUUCCAGAAGAUGAGAUUCCUGGUGCAGUCCUCAUGUACCAGAACAGACGAAGUGAAGAGAUGAACCAAAGACCAAACUCUUCCGCUUCACCAUCUACAGAAGUUCCAGAAUGUCCUUCAAUGGCUGGAGAUGAUCAAGAAACGAAGAGAGAGAUUGAGGAUGACAUCCAAGAGUCAGCAUUGAAGCGUGCGAGAGAGGCAGCCGACGUACCGGACUACAUGAAGAAGGUCAUGCCCGUGACCAUCCACAAGGGUCGAGGACCAAAUGAUGCUCUCACCGCCGGAGAAGUAUCAAAAGCCCGUGCUUUGAUAGGUCUUGACGACCUUUGUUUGUUGUGCUUUUCAGAUGCUGCAUUCAAUGUCAGAAGCGAUGGUAGCAGUCAGGGUGGAUACAUUGUUGUGUUGACAUCGCAGAAAGCAUUGUCUGGUCAGCAGGUUCCAUACAAUGUGCUCAGUUGGCGAUCCUUCAAACUCAUUCGAGUUUGUCGGUCAAGUCUGAGUGCAGAGAGUCAAGCGUGCUCGACAGCGCUUGACGAGCUGAUGAUGGUGAGGUCAAUGCUUGCAAUGAUGUUGAAUCCACAGCUUGAUCCGAUGGCAGAAGCUACAGCAGCAGAGUGUGGCAAGUCGGCCAUCAUCAUUGAUGCCAAGGCCCUUUACGACAGUUUGAAGAAGGACGGCAUUGGCAGCUCAGCUGACAAACGUGCUGGAAUAGAGAUCUUGUGCAUCAAGGAGGAGAUCAAAAGGCUCAAGACAGAGCUCAGGUGGGUAUCCAGUGAACGGAUGCUCGCAGACGGGCUCACCAAGAUCCAUGCCCGACAGCAGAUGACAGAAAUGUUGAAAAGUGGUUGGCUCAGCAUUGUUCAUGAUGAAAGCUACACAGCAGCCAAAAAGAAGAACAAGGAGGAACGACAGGCAUCCACAGCAAACACCUUUGGAUACACGAACCAAGUGGCAGCAAGGAUUUCGAUGGUUGUUGCAUUGAAUCAUGUUGCAGAGGCCACGACAAUGGACAACACACAAACUGAAGGUGAAGAGUUGGGUGUAGUUGAAUCCGCUUUCUUCAACUAUGCUUUCUUUGUGACAGCAUUGUCAUUGUUGUUGGGAGUGCCUAUGGUGGCAUAUGGGAUCUACAAGUGCAUGUGCAGGUUGUUUCAGUUCAUCAAGUAUCUGUACUAUCAGGAAAGGUUGGUUACCAUGCUACGCUUGGAAAACCUGGAACUGAAAGAAGAAGCAGAGAAUUCCCGAAAAGAGCUGGCACGACUCCGAACUCGCCUCGUGAGGAUGCGAGUGGGCUUGUGUUUUUACACCGAAGGUGGAACACGGUGGCAUGUCUUUAAUGAUUGCCGCAGCUUUCGUGCUAGUUCAAGGGUGUUGAACAAAGAUGGCCUAUGUCGGGUGUGCUGGGAACGAUUGCAAGAUGAAACGGCUGGAGAGGUGAGAACACCACCACACGGCUGGAAUGAAGACACCGACGCCGUCGAUGAAACGACAGAAUGA